AGGAGGGAGUAUACAUUGUUGAAAAAGUAGUAUAUAGAUAACUUAUUUCUUAUCUUGUUAUUAAACUUACGAAGGAAAAAAAAUAGAAAAAUUAAUUCUCAUUACUAAACUUACCGCGAAGGGAAAAAAUUAUGAAAAAAAUAAAUAUACUACAAAACUUAACUAUUAAGAAAAAACAAAUUUCAACUAUAAAUAUUAGUAGCAGGAAGUGUAACGGCAAAACACAAUCAAUGGAGAAAGAACAGAGCAAGAAAAAUAAUAGUAAUACUUGUCUAUCCAUGCUACCGGAGGAAUGUAUCACCAAGAUCUUUGCCUUUACGAGCCCACAAGACGUUUGCCGCUUUUCCUUAGUCUCCACAUAUCUCCAUUCCGCAGCCGAUUCUGAUUCUGUUUGGGCAAAGUUCCUGCCAUCCGAUUAUCUGUCUAUCAUCACCAAAUCAGAGACUCCAAUCCCCGAUUUUCGAUCACUCAAGGAUGCCUAUGUUUAUCUCGCCGAUCAUCCACUCUUAAUUGAUGAAGGUCACAAGAGUUUCUCAUUGGAUAAAUGGACGGGAAAGAAAUGCUACUUCUUAGGUGCAAGAGAUCUUAACUUAUCAUGGGGUGAUUCGCUAGAACAUUGGAAAUGGAUUUCUGUACCAGAGUCCAGAUUUCCGGAGGUAGCUUGGCUGGAGCUUGUAUGGUGGUUUCAAAUUUUGGGAACAAUAAGAGCUGGGAUUCUAUCACCGUUGACAUCCUACACAGCGUACCUUGUUUACAAGUUAGAAGAUUAUUCUUAUGGGUCUGAUGCUAGAAACGUGGAGGUUUCAGUUGAAUUUUGUGGUGUCAAAUCUGCAAACGUGCGGUUCCUUUUUUUGGAUCCGGAUCAUCCUAGUAACAUGGAGCUUGAUCAUAAACCAGUUCCGAAACUUAGAAAAGAUGGCUGGUUCGAGUUAGAAUUGGGUAAUUUUUCGACUGAAAAUGAAGAUGAUUGCAUAGAGUUGACAAUUGAAGAUGUGAUACCUGAUUUUCAGGCAAAAGGAGGGCUCAUUGUUGAAGGAUUUGAGAUCAGGCCAACAAUUGCUUAGCGAUUUUACUGUUGUUAUUCAGCCCUUUAGGCAACUAGUUUAAGUUUUGCCUUUUUGAGGCCUUUUUUCUUCUUUGAAAACCUGUUUCUUUGCUGGAAUGAAGUAGCACAAGUUUCGAAUAUUAUGAUACAUUUUGAAUAUUAUGAUACAUGGUGUUAGCGCUCCUA